AUGGUGGAUUGGGGCCUCUGGCGGCGGACUACAUACUCGAGUUCAGUUGUGCCUGGGUCUUGUGAUGAAGCCUUGCAGCAUCCUCCUUCCCGUAUCAUCCAAACCCCUACGCUCCUCUAUUCCCUUCUCCCAUAAAACCCUCCUCCACACCGCCGCCGCCGCCGACUUAUCACCCUCUCACUCUCCUCCUGCCGAAACUUCCACCCCCACCGUCACCGGCUCCAUCUCCGAUCUCAUCGCCCUUAUCUCCUCCACCCAUUCAAUCGGCGGCGCCUCUAAGAUCCACGCCCUCCUCGCCAAGUCACGCCUUUCGUCUUCCCCUCCCCUCUGCCACCACCUCCUCUCGCUCUACUCCAGAUGCCGCUCCCCGGAGUCCUCCCGGAAGCUCUUCGAGGAAUUCCCCGACCAGGACCAUGUCUCCUGGUCCGCCCUCAUCUCCGCCUUCGCCAACAAUGGCCUCGGCCGCGACGCCCUCAAAACCUUCCGGAAGAUGCGGUCUUUGGGCGUCCCGAGCAACGAGUUCACCCUCCCCUCCGUUCUCAAAGCCUGCUCCGUCUCCUCUGACUUCGUCGCCGGCACACAGGUCCAUGCCUUCAUCGUAGUCACCGGAUUCGAGUCCGAUGUGUUCGUCGCUAACACACUCGUCGUCAUGUACUCCAACUUUGGGUGCCUAUCAGAUUCGAAGAGGCUCUUUGAGGGCAUUGCCGAGCCGAACAGCGUCUCAUGGAACGGUUUGCUUGCUGGCUUUGUGAGGAAUGACAGGUUUGAGGAGGCGAUCAGUCUGUUUCAGAAGAUGGCAUUGGGUGCAUCGAGGCCUAAUGAAUUCGGGCUUUCGUGCCUUGUAAAUGCUUGCACUGGCUCGCAAGAUUUGUCCUCUGGGAAAGCUAUUCAUGGCUAUCUCACUCGACUCGGUUACCAUUCAGAUCCUUUUAUAGCCAAUGCCCUCGUCGACAUGUAUGCUAAGUCAGGUAAUUUCAAAGCCGCUGCAUUUGUUUUCGAGAAGAUUGCUGGACCCGAUAUAGUUUCAUGGAACUCUUUCAUUGCUGGCUGUGUUCUGCAUGGACAUGAUCACCAGGCAUUGGCUUUGUUGGUGAAGAUGAAGGCCUCAGGAAUGGUUCCUAAUGUGUUCACUUUGUCCAGCAUUAUCAAAGCUUGUGCGGGGGCAAAAAUGUUGGAUUUAGGCAUGCAGAUACACGGUAGCUUGAUCGCGGCUGGUUUAGAUUCUGAUUCAUUCGUCGGUGUCGGCCUUGUUGAUAUGUAUGCAAAAUGCGAUCGAUUAGAUGAUGCUACGAGAGCCUUGUACUCGAUCCCCGAACGAGAUUUGUUGGCGUGGAAUGCUUUGAUCUCUGGGUGCUCACAUUGCGGAAGGGAUGAUGAAGCUCUUUCCUUUUUCUCUGACAUGAGAAAUGGAGGUUUGAGCAUAAACCGAACCACACUGUCAGCUGUUCUUAAAUCCACAGCAAGCGCACAGGCAAUCGGUAUCGCCAAGCAGGUGCAUGGGCUUGCGAUGAGAACUGGCUUUCUGUCAGAUCCUCAUGUAGUAAAUGGCCUAAUUGAUGCAUACGGCAAGUGUAAUUCUGUCCAGGAAGCAGGGAGAAUUUUCGAGGAAUGCCAAUCUGCCGAUGUGGUGGCUUUCACAUCUUUGAUCACAGUUCACUCACAGAGUGGGCAAGGGGAAGAAGCUUUCAAAGUGUUCACUAGAAUGCUAAGUCAAGAGCUUAAACCAGAUUCAUAUGUCUAUAGUAGCCUUCUCAAUGCGUGUGCCAGUUUAUCUGCUUACGAACAAGGGAAGCAGAUUCAUGUGCAUGUGCUGAAGAUGGGUAAUAUGUCUGAUGUGUUUACGGGGAACGCACUUGUUAACAUGUAUGCCAAGUGCGGGAGUAUUGAGGAUGCGACCUUAGCUUUCUCUGAGAUUCCAGAAAAGGGGGUUGUCUCAUGGUCUGCUAUGAUCGGAGGCCUUGCCCAACACGGACAUGGAAAACAGGCAUUGGCUUUAUUCUCCAAAAUGAUCGACGAUGGUGUGUCUCCAAAUCACAUUACUUUGACGAGUGUUCUUUCUGCUUGUAACCAUGCAGGCCUUGUUGAGGAGUCAAAACAUUAUUUUGAUUCAAUGGAAGAGAUGUUCGGAGUUCAACGAACACAAGAGCAUUAUGCCUGUGUGAUCGACCUUCUUGGACGUGCUGGUAAAUUAGAUGAGGCAAUGGAACUCGUGCACGCCAUGCCUUUUGAAGCCAAUGCGUCGGUUUGGGGAGCACUUUUAGGGGCUGCCAGAGUUCAUGGAAAUAUAGAACUGGGUCGACAAGCAGCUGCGGUGCUCUUUAAUCUUGAACCAGAGAAAUCUGGAACCCAUGUGCUUCUUGCAAACAUGUAUGCUUCGGCAGGAAUGUGGGACGAUGUUGCUACGGCCAGGAGGUUAAUGAAGGAUAGCAGGGUGAAGAAAGAACCUGCAGUGAGCUGGGUCGAAUUGAAGGGUAUGAUUUAUACUUUCAUAGUGGGAGAUAGAAGUCAUGACCGAACGACUGAGAUCUAUGCUAAGCUAGAGGAGCUGGGUGAUCUAAUGAAAAAAGCAGGAUACAUCCCUAAGCUUGAGAUCGACCUCCAUGAUGUCGAGCCAGGAGAGAAGGAAAUUCUCCUCUCUCACCACAGCGAGAGGCUUGCGGUAGCAUUUGCAUUGAUAAGUACUCCAGCUGGAGCCCCCAUUAGAGUGAAGAAGAAUCUCCGAGUUUGCAUAGAUUGUCAUAUGGCAUUCAAGUACAUAUGCAAGAUCGUUUCCAGGGAGAUUAUCAUUAGAGAUAUCAAUAGGUUUCAUCAUUUCAGGGAUGGAGCUUGUUCUUGCAGGGAUUAUUGGUGAUCUGCAAAAGGAUCAACAGUUUCUUAAUUUAAAGUUAAGCUCGUACCAACACCGGCGGUAACGGUUGUGAGAUUUUCAUUAUUAGCGAUAAGUUUAUUUAAACUACACUAAGAUUUUGGCAGGAGCUCAAACUUUAGCUAGUAGGAUUCUUUUCAAUUCUCCGAAUAUGGAGUCAUAAAUGAUUGCUUGUUUUGACAAAGGGAUUAAGAGAAAUGUAUGUUGCACAUUCAACUUUCAAAAUGUUGUAUAAUCAACUAAUGCACUCUUUGUAUACAUUAAUUCUUAAUUGUUAAAGAAGUUUUUUUUUGGCUCAUGA